AAAAAAAAAAACGUGAGUUCAAGGAACCUGACCCUCACGCCAUCUUGUUUCCAGCUCGGGCGUUUAUUUCCUUGUUUAUUUGUGUUUCUUUUCUCCUUCCCCAGAAAGCUGACUUCAUGAGACCGAGGAUCUCGUUCAUUGAUCAAUGCUGCAUUUUCAACAUCUUGGAUAACGAGGUAGAAAAUGAGCAUCACGGACGUGCUCAGUGCUGACGACAUUGCAGCAGCGCUCCAGGAAUGCCGAGACCCAGACACUUUUGAACCCCAAAAAUUCUUCCAGACAUCAGGCCUCUCCAAGAUGUCAGCCAGUCAGGUGAAGGAUGUUUUCCGGUUCAUAGACAACGACCAGAGCGGGUACCUGGAUGAAGAAGAGCUUAAGUUUUUCCUCCAGAAGUUUGCGAGUGGUGCCAGAGAACUGACCGAGUCAGAAACCAAGUCCUUGAUGGCUGCGGCGGAUAAUGAUGGAGAUGGAAAAAUUGGAGCAGAGGAAUUCCAGGAAAUGGUGCAUUCUUAAAAGCCCCAGUCUCUGGAGAAAAGAGAGAAAGGGAUGAUCACCUGGAAGGAUUCCAAAGCCCUGGGAAUGGGGAACCCCACAUCCUACCCCUACCUAAUUUGUAAAUUUUCCCUGAAAACCUUCUGCAGUUUGCUCAUUGUUUUAGCGAGGUCACGAGAGAGUCACUGAUGACUGUCUUGGUGGUGGGUAUGUGCCUUGACAACUUCUGUAAGCCCCCUUCCCCCAGCAGGCAAUGCCUCUAAAAAUCACCCAAUAAAGACAGGCUUCUCAUCA